AUGUUCUCCACUUCCUCCCUCAGUUAUGAUGACUAUCAGAAGACAGCCAGCUGGCUCCUGUCUCAGACGCAGCACCGGCCCAAAGUGGCCAUCAUCUGUGGCUCCGGUCUGGGCAUGCUGGCCGACGCUCUCAAGUGCCAGGACUCCUUCCCCUACUCCGACAUCCCUGGGUUCCCACAGAGCACAGGUGAGAGAAAGGGAAAGAUAAAUAGAGAGAGAUGGUGAGAUGGAGAGAGAAAGAAAUGACGAGAUCUAGAACAAGAGGAGAGAGAGAGAGUUGGGGGCCGGGAAUAUUGACAUGUACCAUUGGCAGAAGUUUGUGUAACAUACAGUUGAAGUCGGAAGUUUACAUACACUUAGGUUGGAGUCAUUAAAACAGUUUUUUCAACCACUCCACAAACUUUUUGUUAACAAGCUAUAGUUUUGGCAAGUCGGUUAGGACAUAAUAAUAAUAAUAAUAAUAAUAAUAAUAAUAAUAAUAUGCCAUUUAGCAGACGCUUUUAUCCAAAGCGACUUACAGUCAUGCGUGCAUACAUUUUUUUUUGUGUAUGGGUGGUCCCGGGGAUCGAACCCACUACCUUGGCGUUACAAGCGCCGUGCUCUACCAGCUGAGCUACAGAGGACCACUACUUUGUGCAUGACACAAGUAAUUUUUCCAACAAUUGUUUACAGACAGAUUAUUUUGCUUAUAAUUCACUGUAUCACAAUUCCAGUGGGUCAGAAGUUUACAUACACUAAGUUGACUGUGCCUUUAAACAGCUUGGAAAAUUCCAGACAAUGAUGUCAUGGCUUUAGAAGCUUCUGAUAGGCUAAUUGAUAACAUUUGAGUCAAUUGGAGGUGUACCUGUGGAUGUAUUUCAAGGCCUACCUUCAAACUCAGUGCCUCUUUGCUUGACAUCAUGGGAAAAUCAAAAGAAAUCAGCCAAGACCUCAGAAAACAAAUUGUAGACCUCCACAAGUCUGGUUCAUCCUUGGGAGCAAUUUCCAAACGUCUGAAGGUACCACGUUCAUCUGUACAAACAAUAGUACGCAAGUAUAAACACCAUGGGACCAGCCGUCAUACCACUCAGGAAGGAGACGCGUUCUGUCUCCUAGAGAUGAAUGUACUUUGGUGCGAAAAGUGCAAAUCAAUUCCAGAACAACAGCAAAGGACCUUGUGAAGAUGCUGGAGGAAACAGGUAUAAAGUAUCUAUAUCCACAGUAAAACGAGUCUUAUAUCAACAUAACCUGAAAGGCCACUCAGCAAGGAAGAAGCCACUGCUCCAAAACCGCCUUAAAAAAGCCAGACUACAGUUUGCAACUGCACACGGGGACAAAGAUCGUACUUUUUGGAGAAAUGUCCUCUGAAACAAAAAUAGAACUGUUUGGCCAUAAUGACCAUCGUUAUGUUUGGAGGAAAAAGGGGGUUGCUUGCAAGCCGAAGAACACCAUCCCAACCAUGAAGCACGGAGGUGGCAGCAUCAUGCUGUGGGGGUGCUUUGCUGCAGGGGGACUGGUGCACUUCACAAAAUAGAUGGCAUCAUGAGGAAGGAAAAUUAUGUGGAUAUAUUGAAGCAACAUCUCAAGACAUCAGUCAGGAAGUUAAAGCUUGGUCACAAAUGGGUCUUCCAAAUGGACAAUGACCCCAAGCAUACUUCCAAUGUUGUGGCAAAAUGGCUUAAGGACAACAAAGUCAAGGUAUUGGAGUGGCCAUCACAAAGCCCUGACCUCAAUCCUAUAGAAAAUGUGUGGGCAGAACUGAAAAAGCGUGUGCGAGCAAGGAGGCCUACAAACCUGACUCAGUUACACCAGCUCUGUCAGGAGUCACAACUUAUUGUGGGAAGCUUGUGGAAGGCUACCUGAAACAUUUGACCCAAGUUAAACAAUUUAAAGGCAAUGCUACCAAAUACUAAUUGAGUGUAUGUAAACUUCUGACCCACUGGGAAUUUGAUGAAAGAAAUAAAAGCUGAAAUAAAUCAUUCUCUCUACUAUUAUUCUGACAUUUCACAUUCUUAAAAUGAAGUGGUGAUCCUAACUGACCUAAGACAGAAUUUUUACUAGGAUUAAAUGUCAGGAAUUGUGAAAAACUGAGUUUAAAUGUAUUUGGCUAAGGUGUAUGUAAACUUCAGACUUCAACUGAUUGGGAAGGGAAUGCAUUCAACCGAAAUGUGUCUUCCGCAUUUAACCCAACCCCACUUAAUCAGAGAGGUGCACGGGGAUGCCUUAAUUGACGUCAUUGGCGCACGGGGAGCAGUUGUUGUUGGGGGUUAAUGGCAGAAUUUUCCACCUUGCCGGCUCGGGGAUUCAAACCAGCAACCUUUCGGUUACUGGCCCAACUCUCUUAACCUGUUACAAUAAGAUCGUAAUAUACAGUAAAAUAUUAACGAUCAACACAACCAACCUAACACACCACAAAUGGCUAUGCUGACCACUUUAGCCAUCCUGACAAAUGGCCAUCCUAACUUGGAAUCUUUAAUGUAAAUAAACCAGCAUUACACUUUAAAUAUAGGGAACAAGUUUAGCAGCAUUGUUAAAGGUGUGGUUUUGGACUGUUGUUUAUGUGACAACUGACUUUGUGUGUGUGUGUGGGUGUGGCUUCACAGUGCAAGGACAUGCUGGGAGACUGGUGUUUGGGGAGCUGAAAGGGAAGACGUGUGUUUGCAUGCAGGGCCGUUUCCACAUGUAUGAGGGACACUCACUCUGUAAGGUCAGUACCAGAUCACAGUGGUCAGUAUUAAGAAACAGGUGUUAAUGCACAUCCCACUUGGCAUAAAUAGACAAUAAAUAACAACUGUCACUGUUCACAGGGAGCAAAUAUUACUACCAAGAAACACAGCAUUCUAAUAUCCUGUUCUCAUUUGACCCAGGUACCAAGCUUUGAAUGGCUCACCAAACAUUUGUAUUCUUGGAAAUCAUGCAGUCUCAAGUCUGAAGUUUGAAUACUGUAGCUGUACAUCCUCAUUCCUCCUCAACCCGCUCUCCACCAAAUAGUUAACAUGUCUCAACCAUGCACAAGUCAAGCCUCACCAUUCCUUCUCAACCCUCACCCUCCCCUAGUCAUGACUCAACCAUGCACAAGUCAAGCUUCACCAUUCCUUCUCAACCCUCACCCUCCCCUAGUCAUGACUCAACCAUGCACAAUUCAAGCCUCAACCCUCCGCCUCACCCCUCUCAUCAGUGCAUUAGUCAGAUCUCACUAGCCUAACCCUUGCAUUACACCAAAUGUUGUUCUUUAUUGAAGAGGAAGGGUGGAGGAGGAAUGGUUCCUCAUAUGUAUUCCAUUAAAGGACACGAUUCUAGAGAAAUACUAGAGAAAGAACUAAUGCUAUAAUUGUUUUUUCUUGCAGACAAUUUUAUUAUUAUUAAAAGCAUGACGUUUCGUCCCACCAGGCCUUCAUCAGGACCUUUAAAGGCUAUGAGAAACAGUGGGACUCAACACUCUCCCACAGCCAUAGCUCAGUAUUUUCUUUACUGUUUAGAUGAUUUUGACAUGCUGUGUUGCAUUUCAACAUAAUUUAUGACCCAAAGUGAAGGAAAGGCUACGAGUCAAGGUUUCUAAUGAACAGGGCAUGUCUGGCACUUGAGGAGCUCUAAUCUGGUUAUGAAACAGCAGCUGGUAUGGUAGCUGGUCUGUCUUCCUUUCUCCAUUGGGCUCUGGCUUGGGAGUAAUCUGCAGCAUGAGGCCCAUGUGACUGGGGCUGCUGAUCCCUCACUGGGAGGCAGUGUUUGGCUGACCACAAACGACCAACCCACUCACUCACUUACUUCCUCACCAGAUUUGUGUGUAUUGUUGUGAAUUGUUAGAUAUUACUGCACUGUUGUAGCUAAAUGUUAGCAUGGGAGAGUCCAUGUCUGUGCCCCAAAUGGCUCCCUAUAUAGUGCACUACUUUUCUCCAGGGGCCAUUGGGUAGUGCACUAUAAGUAGUGCACUAUUUGGGAAUACAGUAGGUGCCAUUUGAGACGCACCCAAUGAGUCACAGCAUCUGACCUUGGGUGAUCACGUUGACCUGCAUCACAUGGCGCCAUUCAAUGCUUCUAUUGUCUUCCUUGCACAACUCCAGGUUUUAUGAAGUCGGCUCUGAGCUCAGACAGUUACUGAAGGGGAUAUGUAGUCCCACUUUAGGCUUAUUCUCUCUCUCUCUCUCUCUCUCUCUCUCUCUCUCUCUCUCUCUCUCUCUCUCUCUCUCUCUCUCUCUCUCUCUCUCUCUCUCUCUCUCUCUCUCUCUCUCUCUCUCUCUCUCUCUCUCUCUCUCUCUCUCUCUCUCUUCAAUUCAAUGGGCUUUAUUGGCAUGGGAAACAUAAACUACAGUAUAUGGACACCCCUUUGCUGCUAUAACAGCCUCCAUUCUUCUGGGAAGGCUUUCCACUAGAUGUUGGAACAUUGCUGCAGGGACUUGCUUCCAUUCAGCCACAAGAGCAUUAGUGAGGUCGGGCACUGAUGUGGGGCGAUUAAGCCUGGCUUGCAGUCGGCAUUCCAAUUCAUCCCUAAAGUGUUUGAUGGGGUUGAGGUCAGGGCUCUGUGCAGGCCAGUCAAGUUCUUCCACACCGAUCUCGACAAACCAUUUCUGUAUGGACCUCGCUUUGUGCAUGGGGGCAUUCUGAAACAGGAAAGGGCCUUCCUCAAAGUUGGAAGCACAGAAUCAUCUAGAAUGUCAUUGUACACUGUAGCAUUAAGAUUUCCCUUCACUGAAACUAAGGGGCCUAGCCCGAACCAUGAAAAACAGCCCCAGACCAUUAUUCCUCCUCCACCACACUUUACAGUUAGCACUAUGCAUUCGGGCAGGUAGCGUUCUCCUGGCAUCCGCCAAACCCAGAUUUGUCCGUCGGACUGCCAGAUCGUGAAGUGUGAUUCAUCACUCCAGAGAAUGCGUUUUCACUGCUACAGUCCAAUGGUGGCAAGCUUUACACCACUCCAGCCGACGCUUGGCAUUGUGCAUGGUGAUCUUAGGCUUGUGUGCGGCUGCUCGGCCAUGGAAACCCAUUUCAUGAAGCUCCCGAUGAACAGUUCUUGUGCUGACGUUGCUUCCAGAGACAGUUCGGUAAUGAGUGUUGCAACCGAGGACAUACGAUUUUUAUGCGCUCUGCAUUUCAGCACACGGCGGUCACAUUCUGUGAGCUUGUGUGGCCUACCACUUCGCGCCUGAGCCGUUGUUGUUCCUAGACAUUUCCACUAGCAGGGCAGAAAUUUGAGGAACUGACUUAUUGGAAAGUCACUGAGCCCUUCAGUACAGGCCAUUCUACUGCCAAUGUUUGACUAUGGAGAUUGCAUGGGUGUGGCUGAAAUAGCUGAAUCCACUCAUUUGAAGGCGUGUCCACAUACGUUUGGCCAUGUAGUGUAUGUUUACAUUGCCAAAGCAAGUGAAAUAGAUAAUAAACAAUAAAAAAACUGUAAACAUUACACUCACAAAAGUAUCAAAGGAAUAGAGACAUUUCAAAUGUCAUAUUAUGGCUUUAUACAGUGUUAUAAUGAUGUGCAAAUAUCAGUACAGAAAUCUCUCUCUGUCUCUCUCUCACUCUCACACAGACUACCUUUCCCGUGCGGGUAUUUAAGCUCUUGGGGGUGGAGACCCUGAUAGUGACCAAUGCAGCAGGCUCGCUGGCAGACAACUACCAGGUUGGGGACAUCAUGAUCAUCAAAGAUCAUAUCAACUUCCCUGGUCUGGCCGGGCUCAAUCCCCUCAACGGACCCAAUGAUGACAAGUGAGUGAGAUCCUCUAGUCUAGUGUCAGUGGUUCUCACUUUACAAUAGGUCCUACUUACUAAUGACCACAAACAACCCCAAAAUACCAGAAACGACUCCAAAGAGCCUUUGGUGCUGUGUGACCCUUUAGUGCUGUGGUUCAGUAGCCUACAUGCUGCAAUAGAGCCCAUCAUUGCUUGGUGUUCUUUAUUCAGCUUCAUAGAUGGACAUUCACAUUCACAUUCAUCACAAUUCUUGAAUUUGAAAAUUGUUGUUUUGUGUUGACCAGGUUUGGUCCCCGGUUCCCUCCCAUGUCUGGUGUGUAUGACAAGGACCUGCGGAAGAUAGCCUUUGACCUCUGUAAGAGCAUGGGAGUCUCUCAGUUCGUCCAGGAGGGGGUUUACUGUAUGGUGGGAGGGCCCAAUUUCGAGAGCAUCGCAGAGGCCAGACUCCUCCACAGACUGGGGGUGGACGCUGUGGGUGAGAGAACUAGAGCUUGUUCACUCCCAGAUAGAUUCUAGCCUGAUCGGGUUUUGCUCUCUUGCCAGCAAUGCCUUCUAGACAGACUUGUCUAUUAAAGUGAUUGGUGAUUGGUGCCAUGAUAAGAUAUAAUUUGGGGGCAAAAUCUGCUCAGACAUCUGAGGUGUGCUUUGUACAUAAUAAUAUUGGCUGUUCAUAAAAAUGUAGGUGUCCAUUCUAAUGCAUUAUAAUAUGAUAUGAGUAGCAGCAGGUGUUUAUCUCCCUUCUCUUCUCCUCAUAGGAAUGAGCACAGCACCAGAGGUGGUGGUAGCCACCCACUGUGGCAUGAGGGUGUUCGGCCUCUCUCUCAUCACCAACAAGGUGGUGAAGAGCUACGAUGACACAGAGUCUGUUAACCACGAAGCUGUUCUGGAGGUCAGCAAGCUGCGCUCGCAAACACUGAAGAUGCUGGUCACCGAGCUGGUCAGCCGGAUGGACAUCAACAACAACACGGGCUGA